AUGGCGCGCCUGCUGAGCGCCGCGGCCGCGCGGGCGCGCUGGGCGCGCUGGGGCCCCGCCGAGAGGGCCGCCUGCCUGGUGGCGGCCGCGUUCGCGCUGAAGACCCUCGGGCCCGCGCUGGGCCGGCGCCUGCGGCCGGGGGCGCGGGGCGCAGGGCGGGGGGCUGCGGGCCGGAGCCCGGGGCCGCACUGCGCCGGGGCCGCGCGCGCCAAGCCGGCGCCCGCCGUGAACGCGGAGUUCCUCGGGCAGCUGCUGCGACUCCGGAGAAUCCUCCUUCCCCGGCUCCUGACGGCCGAGGCGGGCUGGCUGGGCCUGCACUCGCUGGCGCUGGUCUCCCGCACCUUCCUGUCCAUCUACGUGGCGAGGCUGGACGGGAAGAUCGUCAAGAGCAUCGUGGAGAAGCAGCCGCGGGCCUUCGUCCUCAAGCUGGUCAAGUGGCUGCUGGUCGCUGUGCCCGCCACCUUCGUCAACAGCGCCAUCCGCUACCUGGAGUGCAAGCUGGCCCUGGCCUUCAGGACGCGCCUGGUGGCCCACGCCUACGAGACCUACUUCACCGACCAGAUCUACUACAAGGUGGUCAACAUGGACGCCAGGCUGGCCAACCCCGACCAGUCCCUGACCGAGGACAUCACCUUGUUCUCCCAGUCCGUGGCUCACCUGUACUCCAACCUCACCAAGCCCAUCCUGGACGUCGUCCUGACCUCGUACACCCUCAUCCAGACGGCCACGUCCAGGGGGGCCAGCCCCGUCGGCCCCACGCUGCUGGCCGGCUUGGUGAUCUACACCACCGCCAAGGUGCUGAAGGCCUGCUCGCCGCGGUUUGGGAAGCUGGUGGCCGAGGAGGCCCACCGGAAGGGCUACCUGCGGUACGUGCACUCCAGGAUCAUAGCCAACGUGGAGGAGAUCGCCUUCUACAGAGGACACAAGGUAGAAAUGAAGCAACUCCAGAAAAGCUACAAGGCCUUGGCGGACCAGAUGAACCUCAUCCUGUCGCAGCGCCUGUGGUACAUCAUGGUGGAGCAGUUCCUGAUGAAGUACGUCUGGAGCGGCAGCGGGCUGGUCAUGGUGGCCGUGCCCAUCAUCACAGCCACGGGCUUCGCUGACGGCGAGCCGGGCAGCGGCCAGAAGCAGGCGAUGGUGAGCGAGCGGACGGAGGCCUUCACCACCGCGCGCAACCUGCUGGCCUCGGGCGCCGACGCCAUCGAGCGGAUCAUGUCCUCCUACAAAGAGGUCACCGAGCUGGCAGGCUACACCGCGCGUGUCUACAAUAUGUUUUGGGUCUUUGACGAGGUGAAAAGAGGGAUUUAUAAGAGAACCACAGUCACCCAGGAGUCCGGAAACCAGCACAAGGGUGGGGGCGACGCAGAAUCAACCCCCAGCCACCCGCUGGCCAUCAAAGGGAGAGUGGUGGACGUGGAGCAGGGGAUCAUCUGUGAGGACGUGCCCAUCAUCACACCCACGGGAGAGGUGGUGGCCUCCAGGCUGAACUUCCAAGUCCGGGAAGGGAUGCACCUCCUCAUCACCGGCCCCAACGGCUGUGGGAAGAGCUCCCUCUUCAGGAUUCUCAGUGGGCUCUGGCCUGUGUACGAGGGGACCCUCUACAAGCCGCCGCCCCAGCACAUGUUCUACAUCCCGCAGAGGCCCUACAUGUCCCUGGGGAGCCUUCGGGAUCAAGUCAUCUACCCCGACACACAGGACGACAUGCGGGAGAAGGGCCUCACCGACCAGGACCUGGAGCGCAUCCUGCGGGACGUGCACCUCUUCCACAUCGUGCAGAGGGAAGGAGGCUGGGACGCCGUCAUGGACUGGAAGGACGUGCUGUCAGGCGGCGAGAAGCAGCGCAUGGCCAUGGCCCGCAUGUUCUACCACAGGCCCAAGUACGCGCUGCUGGACGAGUGCACCAGCGCAGUGAGCAUCGACGUGGAGGGCAAGAUCUUCCAGGCCGCCCAGGGCGCCGGCAUCUCCCUGCUGUCCAUCACGCACAGGCCCUCCCUCUGGAAGCACCACACACACCUGCUGCAGUUCGACGGGGAGGGCGGCUGGCGCUUCGAGCAACUGGACACGGCCACCCGCCUGACGCUGAGCGAGGAGAAGCAGAAGCUGGAGGCCCAGCUGGCCGGGAUCCCCAAGAUGCAGCAGCGCCUCAACGAGCUCUGCAAGAUCCUGGGGGAGGACUCGGUGCUGAAAACUGCCCCGGAAGUGGAGGGGGCCUGCUAGCCCGGCCGGGCGGGCCUGCUCACGCCAGACUGCCUCCUGGCCUUGGGGGGUGCCGGCCCGACUUCAGCAAAAAUAAACAG